AUGACCACCCUUUCUCCAGAAAACAGCCUCUCUGCGAAGCAGUCGGCCACCUUCAUCCUGGAGAAAAGAAACCCCCCCAUUGACAAGACGGAAUGGGACAGCUUCUUCGAUGAGAACGGUCACUUGGCCAAGUCUCGGGACUUCAUUUGUGUUAACAUCCUGGAAAGGGGUCUACACCCCUCCGUGAGGACAGAAGCCUGGAAGUUCCUCACAGGUUACUACUCAUGGCAGAGUUCCUGGGAUGAGCGGCUCAUGGUGGACAGCAAGAGGAGGAGGAACUACAAAGCCCUGUGCCAGAUGUACGAGAAAAUCCAGCCCCUGCUGGAAAACUUGCAUGGGAACUUCACAGAGACUAAGAACAACAUUGCAUAUGACAUCCAGAAACUCUAUACCAAAGACCCUCUGGGCAAUGUGCUUGUGGACAAGAAGAAACUAGAGAAGACCCUGCUGCUGAGUUAUGUCUGCAACACAAAGGCUGAGUACCAGCGAGGCUUCCAUGAGAUGGUGAUGCUUUUCCAGCUGAUGGUGGAGCAUGACCACGAGACCUUCUGGCUCUUCCAGUUCUUCCUGCAGAAAACAGAGCACAGCUGUGUCAUUAACAUAGGGGUGGGCAAGAACCUGGACAUGCUCAACAGCCUGAUCACUUUACUGGAUCCUGAAUUUGCCGAACACCUCAAAGGGAAGGGCUCGGGAGCCGUGUGGUCCCUCUUCCCCUGGUUCUGCCUCUGCUUCCAGCGUGCCUUCAAAUCCUUCGAUGAUGUCUGGAGGCUUUGGGAGGUUCUGCUGACAGGGAAGCCCUGCAGGAAUUUCCAGGUGCUGGUGGCCUACAGCAUGCUACAGAUGGUGCGUGAGCAGGCACUGCUGGAGAGCAUGAGCGGGGACGCCAUCCUCCUGGCCUGCAACAACCUCAUCGACCUUGAUGCUGAUGAGCUGAUCUCUGCUGCCUGCAUGGUUUAUGCUGAGCUCAUGCAAAAGGAGAUUCCCCAGCCACUAAAGGAUUUCUUACUCUGA